AUGCUCAGAAGCUUACGAAUCCACCCACAAGUCAUCCGUUUUCGGUUUCUUCACUUCUUGUUUCUGCAGACGGCAGACGCGAAAGUCGUCGUGGGGUCGUUCGUGUGGGUCGAGGACUCGGACCAAGCAUGGGUGGAGGGGGAGGUGGUGAAGGUGGAGAAGAAGAAAGUAACGGUCAAAGUCGGGGAUAAGGAGACGGUGUACCGGCUGAAGCACAUCCAUCCGAAAGACCCAGACGCGCCGAGCGGCGGUGUGGACGACAUGACGAAGCUCGCGUACCUCCACGAGCCCGGCGUGCUGCACAACCUCGCCGUGCGAUACUCGCUCGACGAAAUCUACACGUACACGGGCAGCAUUCUCAUCGCAGUGAACCCUUUCCAGAGGCUGCCUCACCUGUACGAUGUGCACAUGAUGGAGCAGUACCGCGGCUCCCGCCUGGGCGAGCUGAGCCCCCACGUUUUCGCCAUCGCAGAGACCUCCUUCAGGGCGAUGGUGGACUACAAGCUGAGCCAGUCGAUUCUCGUGAGUGGGGAGAGCGGUGCCGGCAAGACGGAGACCACGAAGCUGCUCAUGCAGUACCUGGCGUACAUGGGCGGGCGGGCCACAGAGGGGCGAUCCGUGGAGGCUCAAGUGCUUGAGUCCAAUCCGCUGCUCGAAGCAUUUGGGAAUGCCAAGACUGUCAGGAACAACAACUCCAGUCGCUUUGGCAAGUUCGUCGAGAUCCAGUUCGAUGAAUCUGGACGCAUUUCAGGAGCAGCCGUGCGCACGUACCUGCUGGAGAGGUCCCGGGUGGUGCAGAUUUCAGACCCCGAGCGCAACUACCACUGCUUCUACCAGCUCUGCUCGGGAGCCUCUCCUGAGGUGCUUCCCCUGAGGUAUGCUGUGGGAAUCCAAUUCGAUGAAUCUGGACGCAUCUCAGGAGCAGCCGUGUGCACAAUGCAUGCACCUGCUGGAGAGAUCAAGGGUGGAGGUGGAGAGGCUGAAGCUGGCGCCAGCAGAGACAUUCCACUACCUCAACCAGAGCAGCUGCAUCGACCUGCCUUGCCCACCCCAUAUGCCCACCUUCCCAUCUCACCCAUGUCCCCAUGUGCGUAUGAGCCCCCUUUGGCCCCACAGGAGGUGGAGAGGCUGAAGCUGGCGCCAGCAGAGACAUUCCACUACCUCAACCAGAGCAGCUGCAUCGACCUGCCUUGCCCACCCCAUAUGCCCACCUUCCCAUCUCACCCAUGUCCCCAUGAGGUGGAGAAGCUGAAGCUGGCGCCAGCAGAGACGUUCCACUACCUCAACCAGAGCAACUGCUUCGAGCUGCCGGGCAAGGAGACAAACGCGGAUGAGUACAUUAAGACGAGACGGGCCAUGGACGUCGUUGGGCUCAGCCCUGAGGAACAGGACUCGAUAUUCCAGGUGGUGGCGGCAAUUCUCCAUCUGGGCAACAUCACGUUUGCACCAGGCAAGCAGCCCGACUCGUCCAAGGUGUCGGGCGACAAGUCCAAGUACCACCUGGAGGCCGCUGCCUCCCUGCUCAGGGUGGACAAGAAGCAGUUACGAGAGUCGCUCAUAUCGCGCACGCUGGUGACGAGGGACGGCAACAUCAAGAAGGAGCUCGACCCGGCAGCGGCGCUCAUCAGCCGAGACACGCUCGCCAAGACCAUCUAUGCUCGGCUGUUCGACUGGCUGGUGGACAAAGUGAACAAGUCCAUAGGGCAGGACCCCAACGCCAAGACCAUCAUCGGUGUGCUUGAUAUCUAUGGCUUCGAGACCUUCCAGUGCAACAGCUUGCUCUCCUCCCUCACCAAACGCUCCCACUCCUUGUCUCUUCCCUCGCCCGCUUUCAGUUUUGAGCAGUUCUGUAUCAACCUUGCGAACGAGAAGCUUCAGCAGCACUUCAACCACCAUGUGUUCAAGGCGGAGCAGGAGGAGUACGAGAAGGAGGAGAUCAACUGGAGCUACAUCGAGUUUGUGGACAACCAAGACGUGCUCGAGCUCAUUGAAAAGAAGCCAAUGGGGAUCAUCUCACUCCUCGACGAGCAAUGCAUGUUCCCCAAGUCGAACCACGAGACGUUUGCCACAAAGCUGUACCAGACAGUGGGAACCCACGCGCGCUUUGAGAAGCCCAAGCUGUCUCAGACUGACUUCACCAUCGAUCACUAUGCUGGCAAGGUGUGGGCGGCGGUUAGGCAGCCUAACCUGCCUCACGACCUGCCUCACUAUUAUCGACCUUUCGGCAAGGUGGGGCAGGUUAGGCAGGUGACCUACCAAACGGACCUGUUUCUUGAGAAGAGCAAGGACUAUGUGGUGAUGGAGCACCGGACGGUGACCUACCAGGCGGACGCGGACCUGUUUCUCAAGAAGAACAAGGACUACGUGGUGACCUACCAAACCGAUCUCUUCCUCGAGAAGAACAAGGACUACGUGGUGAUGGAGCACCAGACGGUGCUGUCCGAGUCCAAGGACCCCUUCGUGGCUGGCCUCUUCCCCAUCCCCGCGGGUGACAAGGCCAAGACCAAGUUCACGUCCCUGGGCUCUAGCUUCAAGCAACAACUGGCAGAGCUCAUGGCCACUCUGAACCAGACUCAACCGAACUACAUCCGCUGUGUGAAGCCCAACGGCAUGUACCAGCCACAGCUGUUUGAGAACGUCAACGUCAUCCACCAGCUCAGAUGUGGGGGUGUGUUGGAGGCGAUCCGAAUCAGCUGUGCAGGGUAUCCCACGCGGCGCACAUUUGACGAGUUCCUGGACCGCUUCUCCUUCCUGGACCCAGAGGCCUGUGACGGCAGUCAGGAUGACAAGACGGCAAUCACGACUCUUCUGGACAAGCUUGGCUUUGCCAACUACCAGGUGGGCAAGACGCAGGUGUUCCUGAGAGCAGGACAGAUGGCUGACCUCGAUGCGAUGAGGGCGGAGAAGCUGGGGGAGGCCGCCAAGGUCAUCCAGAGGGCGUUCAAGGCGUGGAUGCAGAGGCGCGUGUUUCAACGGCUGCGCGCGGGAGUGCUGCGAGUGCAGGCGCUGUGGCGAGGUCACAAGGCCCGCCUGCAGUACGAGAGUAUCAGGAGGAAUGCGGCAGCAGUGCGUGUGCAGAAGCACGUGCGGCGGUUUGUGGCUCAGAGCAAGUACCGGCGCACACGGCAAGCAGCCGUGGUGCUGCAGUCCGGGGCGAGGGGCAUGGCGGCUCGUAAGGAGGCGAGGCAGAGACGGGAGAACAGGGCUGCUGUCAAGAUACAGAGCAAGUGGAGAGGGCACGUGCAGCAGCAGGAGUAUGGGAGGAGGAAGAAGAGUGCUUUGGUCCUGCAAUCCUCAUGGAGGGGCAGGGCUGCCCGCCUGGAGCUCAAGAAGCUCAAGCAUGACGCGAAGCAAACGGGGGCACUGCAAGAGGCAAAGACGAAGCUGGAGAAGCAGUGCGAGGAGCUCACAUGGCGGCUGCAGCUGGAGAAACGAAUGCGGCUGGACGUGGAGGAGGCGAAGACAGCAGAGAUUCAGAAGCUGCAGCAGGAGCUGGAGGGAGCAAUGAAGAAGGUCGAUGAGGCACACGCUGAGACCCUAGCAGCCAAAGCAGAGAUCCAAGCAGCUAAGGCAGAGACCGAGAGGCUAUCCCUCGAAUUGGCAACAGCAGCACAGUCAGCACAAAUCGCAUCCCAGUCCCUCGACCUUGCCAGCACACCUGCUGCUGCUGCUGCUGCUGCUACUACUCCUGGUUCUGCCGCAAAGGUUUCUCUUUCCGCCUCUGCCUCUGCCGCACCCACUGGUGCCGCGGUCGCAGCAGCAGCAGUUGCCGGCUCCUCCCCUCCCCACUGCGCCUCCUCCACCCCAGGAUCCCCCUUCAUCACCCCCAGAAAAUCCUCCUUCCCUGGCGCCACCGCCACUGCCAAUACCCACUCAACCCCUGCCUCCUCCGGGUCGUUCAACCUGGGAAGCGCGGCUUUGAAUGCGGUGCAGUCAGAUGGAGCGGGGUUAGGUGCGGCGAGCAGCAGGGAGCUGGCGGUGGAGAAUGCUCAGCUGAAGGCGCUGCUGGCGGAGAGUGACGAGCGGGUGGCGCAGGUGGAGGCGGAGGUGAGGGAGGAGAUUUGCAAGAGGGAGCGCCUGCUGGAGGAGACGCAGGAGGAGCUGCGGAAGGUGCAGGAGCUGUGCGCGCGACUCGAGGAGCAGGUGAAGAACGCGGAGCAGGAGAACCAGGUGCUGCGUCAGCAGGCCCUGUCAGCCGCCAUGCCAGCCAAGCCCGGGCUGCCACGUGGCCCCUUGCCAGCCUCGCUGUACACACGUCAGCAGCUGGAGGGCGGCCUCCCUUCGCCCACCACCCCGCGUUCCCAGAUGCUGCAUCCGCCAGAGUCCCCUCAGGGCACGCCUGCCACGCCCAGUGAGGUGGAGAGCAAGCGGCUGAAGCACCUGAACGACCGGCAGACGCAAGACCAGGAGGCUCUCUUGAAGGUGAUAGUGAGCGAGGUGGGGUUCGACAGCAGCCGGCCGGUGGUGGCGUGUGUGACGUACAAGGCACUGCUGCACUGGCGGUCGUUUGAGGCGGAGCGCACGAGCGUCUUCGACCGCAUCAUCCAGACCAUCGGCGGGGCGAUCGAGAACCAGCAGAGCAACGAGAGGCUGGCCUACUGGCUGGCCAACACCAGCUGCCUGCUGUUCCUGCUGCAGCGCACACUCAAGGCGAGCGGGGCACCAGGGUCGCAGGCGCAGCGGAGGAGAAGCGGGAUGCAGCAGACGACUCUAUUUGGCCGCAUGACCCAGAGCUUCCGAGGAGGUUCGCCUACAACACCCACGGGGGUGGUGGGGGCGAGUGGGGGCCUGGAGCACAUCCCCCAGGUGGAUGCCAAGUACCCGGCUCUGCUGUUCAAGCAGCAGCUGACGGCGUAUGUGGAGAAGAUUUAUGGGAUGAUUCGAGACAACCUCAAGAAGGAGAUCUCGCCCACCCUCGCCCAGUGCAUUCAGGCGCCGCGCAUCUCCCGGGCGGCAUACGGGCGGCACUCAUCCCACCGGGGGGCGCCGGUGGCCACGGCCACGCACGCGCUGAGCUCGCACUGGGGCAGCAUCAUCGCCACGCUCACCACGCUGCUCACGACACUUAAAGCCUCCCACGUGCCGUCCUUCCUCGUGCGCAAGCUCGUCACCCAGAUCUUCUCCUUCAUCAACGUUCAGCUCUUCAACAGUCUGCUGCUGCGUCGGGAGUGCUGCUCCUUCAGCAACGGCGAGUACGUGAAGGCAGGGCUGGGCGAGUUGGACCACUGGCUGCAUGAGGCAACACACGAGUACACGGGCAACGCGUGGGAGGAGCUCAAAUACAUCCGCCAGGCUGUCGGCUUCCUGGUGAUUCACCAGAAGCCCAAGAAGAGCAUGCAGGAGAUCACAUCGGACCUCUGCCCUGCUCUCAGCAUUCAGCAGCUGUACCGCAUCAGCACCAUGUACUGGGACGACAAGUAUGGCACUCACACCGUCUCCUCUGAAGUCAUCUCGGAGAUGCGGCGGCGGAUGAGCGACGAGAACAGCGCGUCUGUCAGCAACUCGUUCCUAUUGGACGACGAUUCCAGCAACCCAUUCUCAGUGGAGGACAUCUUAAAGAGCACUCACGAGAUUGACCUCCUCUCCUUCCUCUCUUUCUCCCUCUCACUGUUCCCCUUUGAAUUCCCCAGCAUCCUAUUCUCCGUGGAGGACAUCUCAAAGAGCACCCACGAGAUCAAUCCCCUUUCUCUCACAUCUCCUAUCCCCCUCUCUCUGCCUGCCCACCCCAGCAUCCCAUUCUCCGUGGAGGACAUUUCAAAGAGCACCCACGAGAUUGACCUGCGGUCGCUGCAGCUGCCACCAGCCAUUCGAGACAACAGCACCUUCCAGUUCCUCCUCACUCACUAG